UGUGUUUGUUAGAAGAGGGGCGGUAAGCAUAGAGGAGAGGACUAAGAAUAAGAUUACAGAAAAAAGAAGAAGAAGAAAGAAAGGCUUUGUGUUGGAAACAAACACGCCUUCGUCACUCUUCGUGAAAAUCAGUGAAAUCAAAUGGAUUUCAGAUUAUAGAAAACAACACCACUUUCUCUUCCUUUUCAAUUACACUGAUUACUGAUAACAACGAAGAACAAAAAGAGAUCCAAUGAAAUGAAUAAUCCUUAUUCUUCUUCUUCAUAAACCCACCAACUUCAACAAUCUUCUUCUUCUUCUUCUUCUUCUUAUUACAUUCAUCACAACUCUCAACCUUAACCUCGAUCUUUUCAAUUUCAAUGGCCGCCACCACUACUUCUUCUUCCCUCUGCACGUGGCUUGAACCAGCUUGCAUGUCACUCACGUGCGACACUCACCGUCUCAGAACCUCAUCUCACUCUUCCAAAACCUCGAUUUCAUCUCUUCAUCGAUCCACCAUUCACUUCCACCCUUUCACUAACACUCCUUUUCGAUCCAAUUUCAAUCGCAGACUAAAUAAACCCACUCAUUCUGGUAAAAUUAUGGCUGUAGCUUUGGAACCUGUGCAAGAGGUUAAAGUAACAAAAAAACUUCCAACAAAGCAAAGACGAGUAGUUGUCACAGGGUUGGGUGUGGUUACACCACUUGGUCAUGAUCCAGAUGUAUUCUACAGUAAUUUACUCAAUGGUGUUAGCGGUAUAAGUGAGAUUGAGAAUUUCGAUUGUGCAGAAUUUCCAACAAGGAUCGCUGGUGAAAUUAAGUCUUUUUCUACGGAUGGUUGGGUAGCACCGAAAUUUACAAAGAGAAUGGAUAAAUUUAUGCUCUAUCUGCUAACUGCUGGAAAAAAAGCAUUGAUUAAUGGUGGACUUACUAAAGAUGCGAUGGAUGAGUUAGAUAAAACCAAAUGUGGAGUUUUAAUUGGCUCGGCAUUAGGUGGCAUGAAGGUUAUUAGUGAUUCCAUUGAAGCUUUACGAAUAUCGUAUAGGAAGAUGAAUCCUUUUUGUAUUCCUUUCGCAACAACAAAUAUGGGUUCUGCCAUGCUUGCAAUGGAUCUGGGAUGGAUGGGCCCUAAUUAUUCUAUCUCUACAGCUUGUGCGACAAGUAACUAUUGUAUAUUGAAUGCAGCAAACCAUAUCAUCAGAGGCGAAGCUGAUGUGAUGCUUUGUGGUGGCUCAGACUCUGCUAUUUUACCAAUUGGUUUGGGAGGCUUUGUGGCAUGCAGGGCACUCUCACAAAGGAAUACUGAUCCUUCCAAAGCGUCACGCCCUUGGGAUACUAAUCGUGAUGGAUUUGUCAUGGGGGAAGGAGCUGGUGUUUUACUUUUAGAAGAAUUGGAGCAUGCUAAGAAAAGAGGUGCAAACAUAUAUGCAGAAUUCUGUGGUGGAAGUUUCACCUGUGAUGCAUACCACAUGACUGAGCCACAUCCUGAUGGGGCCGGUGUAAAACUUUGCAUUGAAAAGGCAUUAGCUCAGUCCGGGGUUUCAAAAGAGGAUGUGAAUUACAUAAAUGCUCAUGCCACAUCAACACCAGCCGGCGAUAUUAAGGAGUACCAAGCUCUGAUUCACUGUUUUGGUCAAAAUCCUGAGCUUAAAGUGAAUUCUACGAAAUCUAUGAUCGGUCAUCUACUAGGUGCAUCUGGUGGUGUAGAAGCAGUAGCAACAGUACAGGCAAUCAGGACAGGGUGGGUUCAUCCUAAUGUCAACCUAGAAAACCCCGAUAAAGAAGUGGACGCUAAAGUGCUUGUAGGAGCAAAGAAAGAGAGACUUAAUAUCAAGGCUGCCUUAUCUAAUUCAUUUGGAUUUGGAGGACACAAUUCUUCAAUCAUAUUUGCUCCUUAUAAGUGAAGCAGAUUUCAGAUAAUACUACUUUCACGUUGUUAUUUUAAAGGUCACAGUCAGCAUGUACCGAGGCAAUGUGUUGAUACAAACAACUCUCAAAUAUAUGGAAUGGUUGGUUGUUGUUGAGAAACAUUGUUGAGAUGGGAUUUAAAGAAUUAGAAUGAGAAGGUGCAUAGAUUAUGUGGUGGGAGCGAGUGGGUCUGUCUAUCCCCUAUCUUUAACUUGAAUGGUUGAAGUAUGAUAUGACCCCAGGUCCCUUUGAUGUAACAUUUUCUAUUUUAAGUUUAACAACCUCUUGGUUGGUGGGACAUCAUACACUCUUUUUUGUUUAUUUUUAUUUUUUUAUUUUCAUAUAUGUUACUAGUACACACCUGGCUGGCUGGGCAUAGGGCAAUAAACUAUUUCAGUUAUUUUUCACAUAAAUUUAUACCCUUCAGGUUGAUUCAAUUUGAUUACGGUUUUGACUUUUUGAAGAGUGCAGCUGUCAAAAGAUGUAGAUUGUGAUUUA